AUGUCAGAACUCGCAUUCUGCAAAUCAUUUCUCAGCGCACUGGACGCGCGCCCAGCGAAGCUCAGCAGCGACCACAUCGCAGACGCACGACAAUAUCCCGCACAAGGCGCAGUAAGACUCUCUCCCAUAUUUCUCAUGGAAUAUCCCCCUGUGUAUCAUCACGAUCGAAGACUGACUGCUCACCAGUACACUCUCCCCCGCCUCCCACACCCACCCCACCCACAGCGUCCAAACCCCAAACCAGUCGCAGGCGACGAUGCCACCACCUCUUCUUCGUCCACGAUCACCGUAACUCUCAAGCCCAUGAAGCCGACCACCCCAACUAUCCCCCUCUCCUCAAUCGACCCCUCAAAAACCUCCGUCUACGACCUCAAGCAACAAUAUGCAACACAAGCCUCGUUACAACCGGCCAAGAUAAAGAUUCUUUACAAGAAGAAGCCAGUCACAGAUUCCAAGACACUGCUAGAAGUCAUUGGUACAGAUGCAGGUAGCGAGGUAGAGUUUGGCGUCAUGGUUAUGGCGGGCGCUGCGCUUGGCGGGGCUGCGAGUCCGGCAAGUGGAAGCACGCCAGUGACAAGUCCACCCGCUGUUGCGCCGCCUACGGAAAGUGAGAAGGGACUUGCUAGUGCCGGCGAGACGCAUGCGGGUACGGCGACUGGGACAGCAGGUGCGACGGCUGGAAGUGGGAAGGAGGUUGUUGCGACAGAAGAGUUCUGGGGCGAUCUGAAGAACUUUGUGCUGCAGAGAACCAAGGAUGCGGAAGAGAGCGAAAGGCUGCUGGGCGUCUUCAGGGGCGCAUGGGAACAGAACAAGUAG